UGGCAAGUAAGGUGUGAAGUUAGGAACAAAGUCAGGGUAGAUGGCAAGGCGUGCACACGUUCGGACGCGGCGGCAGUGAUCAGUGCGCCAACCAGCCGUAAGCGGUGAGCCAUCGAGUGAGUAGUCAAGGUCGUGCAGGUACGUCUCCUGACACUGCUGCUACUGCCACUGCUCCCUUGCUCCCUCCACACUCCAGCUGAUCGCCCCACACCAGGCACCAUGGGCAACAAGAGCAGUCUGAUGCUACAGGAGCAGGACAUCAGGGACAUACAGGCAGAAACUGGCUUCCUGCCGAGCCAGAUUGAGCGCCUUUACAGUCGCUUCACCAGCUUGGACAAAGGUGACAGUGGCACUCUCUCCCGGGAGGAUUUCUUGCGCAUUCCUGAGCUGGCCAUCAAUCCUCUGGGAGACCGUAUUGUGCAUGCAUUCUUCAAGGAAAGCGAGGAUGACCACGUUAACUUCAGGCAGUUUGUCCGCGUCCUGGCCCACUUCCGCCCCAUCAAGAAGGCACAGGACAACAAACUCAAUGCUCGAGAAGAGAAGUUGCGAUUCGCCUUCAAGAUGUACGACCUUGAUGACGAUGAGCGCAUCUCCAGGGAGGAGCUGCUGGCCGUGUUGCACAUGAUGGUUGGAGAGAAUAUCAGCGAUGACCAGCUAAACAGCAUCGCUGAGCGCACCAUCCUUGAGGCAGAUAGAGAUGGAGACCAGAUGAUCAGCUUUGAAGAAUUCUGCUCAGCCCUGGAACGUACUGAUGUGGAGCAGAAGAUGUCCAUUAAGUUCCUCAAGUAGGCCGGUGCAGAGGGUGUUCUUCAGUAUGCAUCAGCACUGGUAUUGGAUUAUCAGGAGGGAAGACUCACCUUCACCUGUGCACAAGCAGAGAAAUGGCUGGAAAUUCUACAUCCUCCUGCACCUGCCUUGGGUGACUGUGAUGCAAAUAAGUGUGUGAAUGCUUAGAGCUUGUGUGGGUGGAUUCAAACCAUGUUGACUGUGUGAUGUGAAUGAAUGAAUCUAUGUAGUUUAGCAUCAGUGGUUAUCUUAUGUUACUUUUUGUUAAGUAAGAGAUGAAAGGUUGUUAAUUCAUUAAUAUAAACUGUUACUGAAGGAAGGAGACUCCCACACAUCAUAGUGCUAGUUUCAACCAUGAUAUCAGAUGCAGAUGGUCAGCACUACUGGCAUUACUUAAAAAAAUGUAUACCAGGCUGACUUUUUUUUUUUUUUCUCCCCCCCCCUCUCCUUAUCAACUAAUUGGUCUGCUUCUUUGCUCUCUACUAACACAAACUUGAUUUGCAUUUCUUAUUUUAUCCAUGUGAGUUCCUCAAAUUAUCUUUUACAUUGUUUUCUCUGAUCUCCCAAGUACUAAUUCAUACAACACUGUUGGUGCCACUACACUCACACCUUCUGUCUGCAUUAAUUCUGUGACACAUUAGAAGACUUUACAUUCUCUCAUCCACAACAACCUGCAACCCUAAAUACUUCAAAACAGUCCAGUCUGUAAACAAAGAAAAAAUAUCCUAAAUUAUCUUAAGCUGUCUGUCUUAUUGCUGUGUUUGAAAUCUGCACGACUUUAAUUACAGCACAAAGAUAUCCCACACAUGAAAGAAAAGAGUCUGUUAUAAAAUAGCACAAAAUUACAGAAACCUGAAGCAUCUACAUGACUUAGAACUCGGAUCACUAGGUCCCAUUCGGCUGCCUUUGUUAAUUAAGGGUAUUGCAGACUCCGCUGUGUCAAGAGUUUAUCUACAGCCAGGCCAUGGGAGGUAAAUACUUGCCAGCAACUGGUAGCAAUAUUGCCACAGUAAUCUCAAGGCACAAAUGUUAGUGAUUUAGCCUGAGGAGACUCACUGUAGAUGUUCUUUUCUUUCAUGAACCACAAAGUAUGGAAACAAGUUCUCUCCCUCUCUGUCGGCCUUUGUGAGACACGACUGAUGUACAUUCCAUUAAGUUGUAAUGAAAAGAAUUUACAAAGUAAGACUAAUUUGUGCUGAAAGUCACAUUGAAAGUGGAUCAGUCUUGUUAGGUAAUUGUUCAGUUUUGUUCUCCAUUUGUCAAGCACAACAAUAAUUGUAUUUUCCAUACUUUCAAGCACAAAGUAAUAUGAACAUUGUCUUGGUGAAAAUGUUGUAAGUUUAGCAAUUAAUGCCUACUUACCAAGGGAUGUUAUCAAUAUACAAUGCUGUAACAUUUGUUAAGCUUGAACAUGCAUUAUUUACUGGGCUUAAACCAGAUAUUCACUGCUGAUUUUAAUUUGACUACGCUAGACAACACCCAACCUUGUCACUUUUUUACCAUGAACAAAUUAACUGUAUUUAGAUGUACUACUGAAUAUUUAGUACAAGUGGUGUGCUUCACCAUUACAAGCAGGUCUUUGUGUGGUCAGUAUUGAGCCAUGUGGCUGUUGCAGGGAAAUUGUUGUGUAUAAUUUCAUUUGAGUAAGACUUCAUAAUUGUACAUCAAGAUCAUCCUUCAUAUCAUGUGUAUGGCCUGUGAAGUGUUAGAUUGUGGAACAUUUCUGCAAAUUUUUAAGUUAACUAUUUGAUACACUGAACAGUAGCACAGACACUGGCAAUAUGUAUAAAGUUGUUCAGACAUGAAUGCUUUACUUUGAUCAUGCAUUCACAUUUGAAUGCUGUAAUGGAUAAAUGUCACAUUUUACAUCAAGACCAAGUUUCAGCCAACAUACAUUUAUGAGUGCAAUUCUAAGUCUGAUGAAUUUUCAGCAUAAUAUUGUCUUCUUGACACUAUCAUCAUAUUGCAGGCUAGUCAGUCCUUGUUGGUGGAAUGAGGCUGACACAUUCCAAGGUGUAUUUUGACAUGUAGUGAAGAAAAUGGGAUUCCCAUUAACUAGUUCUCAAAAUAAGACAAAUUAGGUGCUAUCACACACUGAGCUCAAACGCUUAUUGGGAGGGCACAGCUGGUGAUCAAGAGUCUUGCAUGUGCUCCUUUGUGUGGUGAUGUAAAUUGCACGUGCACACACAGAGGAUUGCACCAAGUUGCCUUAAGUGUUUAUAUUUCAAGUUAGAACAUAGAGAGCAAUAUGAGAAGUGAGCACCUCAGGUCAUAAGUACGUAUUUUUUAACAUUUUGGCACUUGAUUUGCUCUGGUGGAAGUAAUGAAGAUCUUCACAGGUGUUUUUCAUUAUUUUAAUGUUAAUUUACCUAAUUUACCAUAGUUUCUGCAACAUCAGUGGGGAAAAACACCCAUGAGAACCAGACUAGUCAUCUCUGUGGCCUUUUAAUAUAGUUUAAUGAAAACUCAAACCUUUUAAGAAUACAAGUAUUAACUACCAUUGUCACCAUCUUGCAAAGCAUUCCAAUUUUAAUACCAACUUGGUCUUUUUUCUUUACUGAUGUAUGAUAAGCAGUUGUGUAUUAUAUGAAGAGAUAUAUAUAUAUAUAUAUGUAUAUGCUAAUUGUAUUGUAUAUUAAAUAUACUUAU